AUGCAUCUCGUUCUCGUCGCUAUCUUGGUUACCAUCGUUUCCGCUCGUAAGGAGUUCGAGAGGAAGAAGGUGCCUCCGGAAACACGAUUUAUUCCGCCCGCUGAAAGACUACCGUGUGGAUUCAGUUGUUCACGUCGCACUGCGGUUAGAACUAUCGCAGAUGGUGUGUUUGUCAGAAUCGAGUGCUUGGAUAGAAAUGGCAAUAAUAUGGCCCGGUAA